GCCGGGCCGCCCUCCCCGUAGCAACAGGUGUCCCAGGUGCGGCCUCCCCCUUCGGCUUUCGGAGCUCGGCACCAGGUGGCGCGACCUCCUUCGGGUCUGCCGAGAAAAAGAAAGAAGACGCAGCACAGCCCAGCGGCCCAGGAAUAAACUUCAUUUAGGCGUUCAUUCAUCAAGACACGCUCGAGCAGAUCCAAUCAUGGGGCCCAGACCGCAAGUGAGGACUGAGUCCCCACGUAGCCUUGAAGAAGAUAACGAAAAGAACAGGAAGGACGGAGCCAUGCUGGCGUCCUACUCCACCGUGGACCUGGUGAAGGACGACGUGGCUGAAGAGGAUCCGUGGGACCUGCCGGAGCUUAAGGACAUGGGUGUCAAGUGGUCAGAUUUGGACACCAAGGGGAAGAUCAUGCGAGUGGUGACGGCCAUCGUGAAGCUGGCGUUGCUGCUCGGACUUCUCUACUUGUUCAUCUGCUCGCUGGAUGUGCUAAGCUCCGCCUUCCAGCUGGUCGGAGGCAAAGCUGCCGGCGACAUCUUCAAGGAGAACGUGAUCCUGUCGAACCCGGUGGCCGGUCUGGUGAUCGGGGUGUUGGUCACAGUGUUGGUGCAAAGCUCCAGCACCUCAUCAUCCAUCGUGGUCAGCAUGGUGUCCUCUUCAUUGCUGGAGGUCAGGUCGGCCGUGCCCAUCAUCAUGGGCGCUAACAUCGGAACGUCGGUCACCAACACCAUCGUGGCCAUGAUGCAAGCGGGCAACCGCAACGAGUUCCGCAGGGCCUUUGCUGGCGCCACCGUGCACGACUUCUUCAACUGGCUCUCCGUGUUGGUGCUGCUGCCGCUGGAGGUGGCCACCGGGGUCCUGGAAAAGCUCACCCACCUCAUUAUUGAGUCUUUCCACAUCCAGUCGGGCGAGGACGCGCCUGACCUGCUCAAGAUCAUCACCGAGCCGCUCACAGACUCCAUCAUCCAGCUGGAUAAAUCAGUCAUCACCGCAAUCGCCACUGGGAACCCGGACGCCCGAAACAUGAGUUUGGUCAAAAUUUGGUGCAAGAAGAAGGUCAACACGACUUUCUGGAACGAGACGGUGAACAGCUGCCCCGCCGGUGGCGUCUGCUGGGAGGAAGGCAACCAAACGUGGCUUGAGAAGAACAUCACUUGGACGGACUACCAAGAGAAAUGCUCCCAUAUCUUCGUCAACGCCAACUUGCCCGACCUCGCGGUGGGCCUCAUUCUGCUGGCUCUGUCGCUCUUCGUUCUCUGCAGCUGCCUCAUUCUCAUCGUCAAGCUGCUCAACUCCAUGCUGAAGGGCCAGGUGGCCCUCGUCAUCAAGAAGGUGCUCAACACAGACUUCCCGUUCCCAUUCAGUUGGGUCACCGGUUACAUCGCCAUCAUGGUGGGAGCCGGGAUGACUUUCAUCGUUCAGAGCAGCUCCGUCUUCACAUCGGCAAUAACGCCUCUUGUCGGCAUCGGUGUCAUCAGUCUUGAGCGGGCCUACCCUCUAACUCUGGGCUCCAAUAUCGGAACCACCACCACGGCCAUUCUUGCGGCGAUGGCUAGCCCGGGAGAAACGCUGGCUAACUCGCUACAGAUUGCACUCUGCCAUUUCUUCUUCAACAUCAUGGGCAUCAUGUUGUGGUAUCCAAUCCCGUUUACGCGGGUGCCCAUCAGACUAGCCCGGGGGUUGGGCAACCGCACGGCGCAGUACCGCUGGUUCGCCGCCCUCUACCUCAUUUUGUGCUUCCUGGUCUUGCCCCUCACCAUAUUCGGCCUGUCGCUGGCCGGCUGGCAGAUCCUGGUGGGCGUCGGUGUGCCCGUCGUCGUCCUGGCGAUCUUCGUCAUCGUGGUCAACAUCCUGCAGUCGCGCUGCCCCCGCGCCCUGCCCCGCUUCUUGCGCACCUGGAAUUUCCUGCCGCGGCCCCUGCGCUCGCUCGCGCCCUGGGACAACGUGGUGACGUCCUGCCUGGGCUUCUGCGGCCGCUACUGCUGCUGCAUCUGCAAGUGCUGCAGCUGCUGCCAGAAGGACGAGACGGCGCGCACGAAAGGCCUGGAGCUGGACAACAACCCGGCCGCCUUUACGAACGACGACCCCAAAGUCAUCCAAGGGACUCAUCUUUAAAAGCACCGCCUGAAAAUGGUCUACAAAUCUGUACAGUGAUCUCUUGACGUGAAUGAUUCCUCUGACUGGAGCGUCUCCUCCGCUCUGUAAUCAACGAAAAUAUUUUUGGGCUGCUAUGAACUGUCUUACACUGGACCUGGUGAAUAUUUGUCUCUGGAGACUUCCGACCGCGAUCUACACUCACUUUAGGACUGUUUGUAUUUUCUGUAUGGAUGAAAAUUUAUUCAUAUCUCUGAAUUUUAAAUGUAGAAUUGACAUCUUUGUUAUUUAAGACAAAAAUGCGUGUGAAUAAAAGACAAUUUUUUAAAAAAGUGGACUU